CUGACACAGACAGGAAGUAGCUCACAGACCAAUCAGGAAACAGUCCAGUACAUCAAGACGAAGAUCGCCCAGGAUCUCUCUCCAGAGAAAAGCAUCAAUAUGUUCCACUGUCUGAAUGAACUGAAUGAUGGUUCUCUAGUGGAGAAGAUCCAACAGUCCCUGAGUUCAGGAUGUCUCUUCAGAUACAUAUUGUCUCCUGCUCAGUGGUCAGCUCUGGUCUUCAUCUUACUGUCAUCAGAAAAAGAUCUGGACGUGUUUGACCUGAAGAAAUACUCUGCUUCAGAGGAGGCUUUUACGAGGCUGCUGCCAGUGGUCAAAGCCUCCAACAAAGCUCUACUGAAUGACUGUGACCUCUCAGAGAGAAGCUGUGAAGCUCUGUCCUCAGUCCUCAGCUCCCAGUCCUCUAGUCUGAGAGAGCUGGACCUCAGUAACAACAACCUGCAGGAUUCAGGAGUGAAGCUGCUGUCUGCUGGACUGAAUAAUCCACGCUGGAAACUGGAAACUCUCAGACUGAGAUACUGUAACCUCUCAGAGAGAAGCUGUGAAGCUCUGUCCUCAGUCCUCAGCUCCCAGUCCUCUAGUCUCAGAGAGCUGGACCUGAGUAACAAUGACCUGCAGGAUUCAGGAGUGAAGCUGCUGUCUGCUGGACUGGAGAGUCCACACUGUGAACUGGAAACUCUCAGGCUGUCAGGCUGUCUGAUCACAGAGGAAGGCUGUGCUUCUCUGGACUCAGCUCUGAGCUCCAACCCCUCCCACCUGAGAGAGCUGGACCUGAGCUACAAUCAUCCAGGAGACUCAGGAGUGAAGCUGUUGUCUGCUGGACUGGAGGGUCCACACUGGAGACUGGAAACUCUCAGGUAUGAAGAGGCCUGCUGCAGCCACAGACAAUCAGUGUGAUAGAGGAGGUAGAGCUGGUUAAUAUGACCCUGACACACCAAGCUGACCUCAAACUACCAGAGACUCAUCAAACUGUUUGUGUCCCACAUCAGACGAUCAACACAGACAGAAGUAGUCAGGGAACAGUAGCCAGGAUG